GUGGCACGGCAGCAGCAACAUGGAACUGAGUGCCGAGCACCACCGGAUCCCCCUCAAUGAUGGCAACUCCAUCCCUGUGCUGGGACUGGGCACCUACUCCUCUCCCCGAACUACACCCAAAGGAACCUGUCUGGAGGCAGUAAAACUGGCCAUAGACCUUGGCUACCGACACAUCGAUGGGGCUUAUGUAUACUAUAAUGAGCAUGAGGUUGGCCAGGCAAUAAGGGAGAAGAUCGCUGAGGGAAAGGUCAAACGAGAAGACAUUUUUUACUGCGGCAAACUUUGGAACACGUGCCAUCCGCCGGAACUUGUGCGGCCGACAUUGGAGAAGACGCUAAAGACGCUCCAGUUGGAUUACGUGGAUCUGUAUAUCAUCGAGCUGCCGAUGGCUUUCAAGCCUGGGGAUGAAAUCUACCCACGGGAUGCGAACGGAAAAUAUCUGUAUCACAAGACAGAUCUGUGUGCAACAUGGGAGGCGCUGGAGGAAUGCAAAGAUGCCGGACUGGUCAAAUCCAUUGGGGUCUCCAACUUCAACCGCCGGCAACUGGAGCUGAUCCUUAAUAAGCCUGGGCUGAAAUAUAAACCUGCCACCAACCAGGUUGAAUGUCACCCAUACUUCACUCAGCCCAAACUGCUGGAGUUCUCCGGCCAACAUGACAUUGUGACUGUGGGAUACAGUCCUAUUGGGACCUGCCGUGAUGAAACAUGGGUCAAUGUGUCUUCCCCUCCUCUCUUGAAAGACCCUCUUCUCAAUGCCAUUGGCAAGAAGUACAACAAGACUGCAGCCCAAGUAGCCCUGCGCUUCAAUGCACAAAGGGGAGUCGCUGUUAUCCCAAAGAGUUUUAACCCGGACAGAAUCAAAGAAAACUUUCAGAUCUUUGACUUCAGUCUGACGGACAAGGAGAUGAAGGACAUUGAGGCCCUGAACAAGAAUGUCCGCUAUGUGGAGUUGUUAAUGUGGAGUGACCACCCAGAGUACCCCUUCAAGGAUGAAUACUGAGGGGGGUAUAUUCUACUUUUACCCUCACAAAACCAUCUACCGUGGCUCCUCCUCAUUGAUCCGAAGUGGAAGGAAUAUUUGGAGACCCUGGUGCCUGUAUCAGACACAAUAAUAGAUACAGACUAAUUAAUUUGGACGGACUCGAACAGGCAUUUUUUUUAUUAAUGCCCCUGGAGGUGGCAACAGCGCAGUUUUAUUCUACUAUAUUUAAUUUUUUAAACGGAUAAAGAAACCUAAUAUGCCUCUAUCUCCCUAUCUUUCUUUUGUAUCACCAUAGUCCAUAGAAUGAUAGAAAUGUAUAUUACUAGCUUUACUUCUUACAGUGGGAGGUUUACAGCUAAUUAUUAUUAUUAGCUUUAGAGUAUUUACUGCCCAAAUAAAUAAAGUACCCAAAUACCCUCAUGUUCUAAUUUGCCCCUUAUGUUUUUCUAAUGUAAAAUACUAUGAACGAAA